UGUCGGAAACAGACAUCAACUUGUGCUCUUGUUACUUCAGUGUCCCAAAUCUCACACUCUAUUGGCUCAUAUCUUCGGUGUUCAUUAUGAAAUUAUUACUAAAGUAAUAACUCAUUGGUUAUUGCGAUCCUUGGGACGAAACACCUAAUUAAUCAGCAGUAAGAUUUGAACUCUACUUUUACAAUAAAAUUAAAAACAAAACUCCACGGACUACAUAAUUUGCAUGUUUAAGUUUUGAGUGGGAAAAAACUUAAGUAAGGCAUUGAUCAUAAGAAGAAAUGAAAGUAGUCAAUGGAAUAUAAGGGUACUGAAAAGAAGAGUCCCGACCAAUGUAAUGCACAAAGUAGUAACUUUAAUCCUAACCCAUCUGUUUUGUGUCCCACCAAAAAACAUACAGUCUCGUGUGUCUUUGUUCUACUAGCUAUGAUCUCUAGAGCCAUAUCAGAGAAUCGUAAUCCCUAAUAAUAAUGCUAAGAUGUGACUCGUGUUGAUCUUGCUACCACCAAAUCUCACAACCAUCUAAUCAAUUCCCCAUCACACUGACUUGCUUUAUAAUGAAACCAACAUCAGAAAGAUUUCAAGAACCAAAGUAGUGAGAUCAAGAGAGAGAAAAAAAGGAGCUACAAUGGUUGAUGAGAAAGUAAGUGUUGAUGAAGUUGAGACAAGAGACGCUUAUAGAGUUGCGUACGUGAUCCAUUUCUUGUUGGGGGCUGGUAGUUUAAUACCAUGGAACGCUUUGAUCACAGCCGUUGAUUACUUUGGCUACUUGUACCCGGACAAGCAUGUAGAGAAGACUUUCACCGUGGCUUACAUGAGCUGCUCGGUCCUUGUUUUGGUUUUGAUGAUGACUUGGAACACAAGGCUGAGCUAUAGAGUGAGGAUGAACUUGGGGUUUUCCAUGUUCAUCAUUGCCAUGAUGAUUUCUCCUUUCAUAGAUUGGGUUUGGAAAGGUGAAAAGGGUGAGAAUGUUUCUUACAAAUUGAUGGUUGGAUCAGUCGUGAUCUGUGGUUUAGCUGAUGGAUUGGUCGGAGGAAGUUUGAUUGGUUCAGCUGGAAAGCUUCCUAGACAGUACAUGCAAGCCAUUUUUGCCGGCACUGCCUCUUCAGGUAUUAUUAUCUCCCUCCUUAGGAUUGCCACUAAAGCUUCGCUGCCACAAACACCGCAGGGGAUGCGAACCAGUGCUCAUUCCUAUUUUAUAGUUAGUUCUACCAUCCUCGUAUGUUGCUUCAUUUGUUGUAACGUGCUCCACAAGUUACCAGUAAUGCAACAACACCUCAAAUUUCAUCAACCUUUGCACUCGACUCUGACAAUAUGGAUGGUUGGGAGGAAGAUCAAGUGGCCAGCUUCGGGUAUGCUAAUAAUAUACACCGUUACCUUAUCGAUAUUUCCAGGAUUUAUAGCUGAGAAUUUGAAGUCCCAACUUCUCCAAAGUUGGUAUCCUAUUUUGCUCAUCACUGUGUACAACAUCUCGGAUUUCGUAGGCAAGUCACUCACUGCACUCUAUGUAUGGCAGAGUAUAAAAUCGGCUACAUGGGCUUGUAUCGUGAGGCUUCUGUUUUAUCCUCUUUUCUCUGCGUGUCUACGUGGACCGCAAUGGUUAAGAACAGAAGUGCCAGUGGUUGUCUUGACGUUCAUGCUAGGUCUUACCAACGGCUACCUCACUAGCGUGCUCAUGAUCAUGGCUCCCAAAACGGUUCAUGCAUCAGAAGCAGAACUUGCAGCCAUCUUCAUGGUUGUUUUUCUAGGACUAGGUCUUGUUUGUGGCUCUGUUAUUGGUUGGCUCUGGCUCAUCUAAAAAAAAUUUAGACCCUAGACGUGGCAAAUUUUAUGCGCUAACAUGGAACUCGCUUAAAAAAUGCCACACAUUAUAGUUUCAUAAUAUAAAUUAAAUUGGAGUAAAAUAUCGAAAUAGCCUCUUUUCUAGCAUUAAUAUUUUCCCCAAAAAUAUUUUACGGAGUACAAUGAAUGUGCCACUGUUUCUAAUUGCAAAAUUCAAUAAAACAUUAUAAGAUACAAAAGGGGAAAAAGGAAUCAAAAUCCACUUGCGGUCUACCUUACCUUGUCUUGAUUGGUGGAAUUUCUUUUAUUUGAGUCUCCGUGUGAAAUGUUUUCUACUUUUUUUUUAAAACAUAUUUACAUGUAUAAUUAAUCUUU